AUGGCUUUUAAUUUUUUACCCCUAGAGUACGAUCUCGGUGCAGAAGUAACCUUUAAUUAGCUCCUUGCAGACCUUCGAUCUUUAUCAUCCCUGCCUGAUGCAGCUUUAGAAGCCCUUUCUUCUAUCUGUCUCCAAUAUCUUCAAAAUUCUUCACUUCAACCCCAGCAUUUUUAUAGUGCCCUUGACGAUGUAGAACUCCCAGUAAAGCAGCGAGAAUCCGCCGCAAGAACAUUGAUUCUUUUCUUCAGAUUUUCAGCUAAAAAGGUAUUAAAUCGGACCAAGAUUUUAGAAGACUUACAUCAAUUAGGAUUUAAUGAAAAUAUUUCUGCUAGAAUUGGGACUCUGUGGGACCAAAAUAAGGUUGGAGCUUGCAAAGUUAUGCUGGGACAAAUUGGAGUUGGGCAUGAAUUGGUAGAUAUGGAGUGGAAAUUUGGAGUCACUUAUGGAAAUAAGUUUGUUAAUGCAAAAGGGGAGUGCUUUGUGCAGCUGAAGUUUGUGAUACAGACUCCUGAUAAGAAGAGGAAUGAAAUAUUUUUGGAAGUGACGCCAAGGCAAUUUUAUGACUUGUAUGGGGAUUUGGAAAAGAUUAAAGCAAUUAUGGAUAUUCAUUCUUAG